AUGAAGGAGUAUACCCGUGAAGAAGUGGCGACACAUUGCACGUUGGAAGACUGCUGGGUUAUCGUGGACGGGCAUAUCUACCACUUGGAUGUCGAGUUCAUUACAACACUACACCCCGGUGGGCAGAUUGUUUUAGAGUCAGCCGGCAAGGAUGGGUCUGUGAUGUUUCAUGACCAUCACAGUUUAGAGAGAGUGAAGCCCAUUCUGGAGGAGUAUCUCAUCGGUAAGCUGCGGGAGUACCACUCCUAG